AUGAGCGAGGCGGAGGCGGCGACAGCAGCGGCCCCCGGGGCGACGGUGGCCGCGACGGCCGCGGGCGUGGUGGCGGUGGUGGUGCCGGUGCCGGCGGCCGCGGGGGAGCCCCCGAAGGCCGGCGCGGGCGGCGGCGGGGCGGGCGUUGGCGCGGGCGGAGUCGGGGCCCCCUCGUUGCCGGCCCCCCGCGCCCCGGGCGCCCCGGCCACCGCGGCCCCGGCCGCCCCCGCGCCCCCGGCCCGCAGCCAGGCGGACAAGCCGGUGCUGGCCAUCCAAGUCCUGGGCACUGUCAAAUGGUUCAACGUCCGGAAUGGUUACGGAUUCAUCAACAGGAAUGACACCAAGGAAGAUGUCUUUGUCCACCAGACAGCCAUUAAGAGAAACAACCCCAGGAAGUUUCUGCGCAGCGUUGGAGAUGGGGAGACUGUGGAGUUUGAUGUCGUGGAAGGAGAGAAGGGUGCAGAAGCUGCCAACGUAACCGGACCUGGGGGUGUGCCAGUGAAGGGCAGCCGCUACGCUCCCAAUCGACGUAGGUUCCGCCGAUUCAUCCCCCGGCCUCGCCCUGCUGCCCCACCACCCAUGGUGGCCGAGGCCCCCGCAGGCGGGACAGAACCGGGCAGCGAAGGGGAGCGAGCCGAAGAGACUGGGCAGCGUCCCCGACGCCGGCGCCCACCGCCAUUCUUCUACCGAAGGCGCUUUGUGCGAGGCCCGAGGCCCUCCAACCAGCAGCAGCCUAUUGAGGGCACCGAUGGGGUAGAACCCAAAGAGACAGCCCCGUUGGAGGGGGACCAACAGCAGGGAGAUGAACGGGUCCCCCCACCCAGAUUUCGGCCCAGGUACCGAAGGCCUUUCCGUCCCAGGCCACCUCAGCAGCCAACUACAGAAGGUGGGGAUGGUGAGACCAAGCCCAGCCAAGGCCCAACUGAUGGUUCCCGGCCGGAGCCCCAGCGUCCACGAAACCGCCCGUAUUUCCAGCGGCGACGGCAGCAGCCCCCUGGACCCAGGCAGCCCACAGCCGCAGAGACCUCAGCCCCUAUCAACAGUGGGGACCCCACCACCACCAUACUGGAGUGA